GGUGCGGCGGCAGUGGUGAGUGGAAGUUGGUGUGAUGGUGUGUUAGUGCCUCCGCCUCAUGGUGGACUUAAUUGAGUCGAGGAAAGCGGCCCAAAGAAUCGCUUGAAGUUUGAUACAACACAUUCUCAGGAAAUACUUCGCCCGCAGGAUAACACUUGAGGCGGUGACACCAGAGUGACGAAGAAUGCUUGUUGAGAACUCCGGCAGCGGCGGCGGCGGCGGCGGCGGCGGAGGUGGUGGCGGCGGAGGAGGCGGUGGCGGAGGAGGCGAAGGUAGAGGAACCAAUGGGGUGAACGGCGUGAACGGCGUGAAUGGUGUGAAUGGCAGCAGCAAGGGAGGCAGCGGGGCGGUGAAGAGCACUGGCGGCAAGACAACCCUGGGAAUGAGCAAGGGCGGCGGGAGCAAGUCCCCCUUGGCGGCAGCAGCGGCAGCCAUCACUCCGCCGCCCGCCACGCCCGCCAAGAACUCCAUCGAGAACCAACUGCUGUACACGCCGCCACACGUGCUCAUCCGCUCUAUCUCGUCCCUGUCCCAGCACUCCCUCAGACCAGUCACGCCCGAGAGCGAUCAGUACUAUCACCGCCAGGAGGACGGGCUGGUGUCGGUGCCGGCGCUGCGCAAGGGGGUGCUGCUACAGGCUCGGGACCGCCUCUUCUCGCGGUGGAAGGAGCGCUACUUUGUGUUGACUCGGGACUACCUGGCCUGCUUCCGCCGUGGCUCCACCAAGUACUCCGAGAUGGGCUCCUUCAUAUUCAAGGUGAACCUGGCGUGCGUGGAGUGCGUGGAGUGGCAGGACCGCCGCGGUGGCCCCGCCCUAGCCCUCUCCUUGCCCAGGGAAGGCCGCGUGCUGCUGCGGGCCAAGUCAGGGCUGGACCAGUGGUACAGGCUGCUGCUGGAGGCUACCAAUGCCUCCCGCCACAGACGCAGCGCUCUUCGCCGCGGCACCUCCACCACACACCUCAACCACACCAACAACAAUCUGGACACCACACCGCCGCCCAAGUCAAGUGGCAUCCAGUACAGCCUGAGUGGCUCCACACCUGAGAUCACACGCCUCUGUGACACCGUGUGCGAAGACUCCCCCGGCGGCACCAACUCGCGCCUCACCAGGCACCACAGAUUCUCAUUGCUGGCUGAUCCAGACCUUGGCUCCUGUGGUGAGACAGACGUGGCUACUCCUCCCUCCUCCGUCACCUCCUCCAACAAGUUCAGCACAUCCACUUCAGCUUCCAAUACCUCAGGCUCUGGAGGCUCCUCUUCUCUGGCCUCCUCUCCCUCCCUGCGGGGCUCCUGUGCCUGGCCUCGGCCUUCCUCCCCUGUGCGGCCUCUCCUUGGUGAUGCCCCACGCUCCAGACUCUCCCUGUAUGAGGGCACCCGGGAGAUGCCAACAUCUGCCAAAACCCGGCACUCAGUGUGCCUGGAGUCUCAGGACCAGUCAGAGGCCACCAGGAAACAGAAGAACAGGCACUCCAUCUGCAUUGAACCUCGAGACCUUGCCAGGACCAGAGCCUCUCUGUGCAUGGAGCCUCGCAACCCCCUGCUGGAGCUGAUGGAGAGUGUGGAGGCCAUUCCCUCACUCAUCCCUCAUGACUCAGUGCCAUUGUCCUCCAGAACAUCCCCAUCCAAGAGUGAAGGUGACCGGUCUUGUCAUGAGGUGCCAGUUACACUGUGUGAGGUGGACUCCAGUCCCUGUCCAGGCGUCGCCCCGCCGCGGCCCCGCGCCCACUCCACCUCCCUCACCCCAGAGCGCUCCUUGGGGCCACGCUCUAGGUCUAACUUGGGUUUCUUUAGACACUCAGGUCUCUUUAACAAUCAUUGAAAACAUGGCAAUCUAUUGCUGUAAUUAAGUAUUGUUUCCACAUUACAUUUACUCAGCAACUGCCUAUGAUGCCCUCCUGACCCCCUGACCCAGCCCGCAGAGGAAGGCACCGCCACGCCUGGCAGCUGUGUGGUGCUCCCCAGCAGGCAGUCCAGGGAGGCUUGCUGGCCAGGGAGGAUUGCUGGCCAGGGAGGCUUGCUGGCCAGGGAGGCUUGCUGGCCCAGGAGGCUUUGCUGGCCAAUCUUUGCACUCAGAAAGCUAUCUGAGUGAGGUUUCUUCUUAAUUAAGAUGGAUUAAUUAAGAGUGAUGGUCUUAUCAGCUGGAAUCUUUGAAUGAUAAACAAAGAUAGGUCAUUGUGAUAAUGUGGAUCACCAUCAGUCAAGAGCCAUUCACCACACACUGAACUUUUAUACCUAACACAAUACCCCUCUAGAGAACCUUCCUCUUUCUCCUGGCUCAGUUACUGAACUGAUUUGCAACAUGUGCACAUGUUGAAAGGCUUCUGAGAAAACAAAGUGUAGUGUAUGUUGCAGUUUAGUAACUAGAAAGCUUUUCAUUGACUGGAGGCUGUGGUCUGCAGUGCCCCAUGCUAGAUCCUCAAGGCAGAAUGGUUUUCCUUUCUUUACUGUUUGUGUGUGUAGAGAAAAUACCAAGAGGUCCUGUACUUUGGUAUCCUUCAUUCAUCAGACAUGGCCUUUGUAAUGCCAGUGAGAUGCUUGUCUGUUAUAAUAUUUAUUGUAGAUGUUUUGAAACAUAAUAUUAUGUUCUUGAAGAAAAUGAUGGGUGACUUGGGAUCACCACUUCUUCCCAUUGAUGCAGCCCAAAGGGUUGUGGCCGCCUCACUUCCUCAUUGCCCUGCCAGCUUGCCUGGUCUUUGUGGACUCAGUGGAGGUAUGCAGCACCUGCCUGGGGGUGUGAAAAAACACCACUCUCAGCCCAACUGAGGAACAAGAUCUGGUCUUUCCCUUACAACCCAGAGGCAGAUGAGAAGGCAGCCAAGUACUGCUGUCAACAUCCAGCAGCCACUGUGACAACAUUGAGGCUCCACAUACUGCUGUCUUUGUCAGUUUACCCACAAAAUACAUGUUUCCACCCACCACAAGCCAGGAAGCGCAUACCUUAGUUGAAUAUCGUACAUCCCCCUUCUUGAUUACUUUGAGUGUCCCCUUAGAUUAAUGGUUGAGACUGUGUAGAAACCAUUACACAGUGAGAAGCUAAGAUGUAUGUGUGAACCCUUAAUCCAGUGUUAGAGUAGUCCUGAAAGACGCUAAGAAUUGUGUAAGAUUUAUCCAUAAUAAUUUUAUGUAUAUAGAGGAUUUGCAUACUGAGUCUAGACUGGUUGCAUAGGUGAUAUGUAUUUGUAACUGUAUACACUUCAUUGUUUUUACUGAAGAAACUGCUUGAACUAAUGAUGAAAGUUGUGUAUGAUGUCAUGAGUAACAUUUGCCUUACAUUACUAGUCAUGGAGAGGGUGAGAGUGAGUGAGUGAGGUGUUCUGUGUGGAGGCAGCACUGGCUUCUUCCCGUAACUAGCAUAUUAUGAGCUUUCAGCAGCUGAUACUUGUUUAAUUUGUAUCUGAAAUAUUUAGGACACUAACUAUAUCUCCAUUGCAUUGUAUGUCUUAAGUUUUUUCUUUCUUUUUCCCAUUUCAGUUGUCUUAUCAAAAGUAAAUAAUAUAUAACAAAAAAAACAAAAAAACAAGACAUUUGCAAUAGAAUAGUGAUUGAAAAAAAAUUGUGGUGAAAGUGAAGGUUGUCAAGAAUGGAUUUACUGUGACAAAACUUGAAUCACUAAGUAGUAUUAGUUGACCAAAACUUGGAGAAAAAAAAAGUUUCCUUCAAUGCAACAUGUUAACUGACACAGGAUAGUAUAUUGCCUACUAUUUCUGGAGUGUCUUGAAAUGUAAGCUUAGUAGUACAUUAUUAUUAUCCUACCAGUGUCUUGAAAUGUAAACUUAGCAAUACAUUACAGUUUCUGGAGUAUCUUGCAGUGUGAAAUUUCAAAUGUAAAAUUAUUACAAUGGAUGUACUGAUAAUUGAGUCAAAUUGAUCUGGAACAAGUGAAUUACAGUCUUAACCUCCAGGAAACACAGGAGAUACUUUGACCUUUGACCCCUUGUGACAGUCCUGGCCAUCCCUGUCCUGUGCUAGACAGGAAGCUGCCACCACCCUGGGACUGACCACACACCUCCCAAACCAAAACACUUCCUCAGGUACAAGUCAUGUGUUAUGGCAGAGAAUAGCUAUGGAAAAACUUUACAUUGUCAGCAAUAAACAGUCCACUUGGCAA